UGAUUCCAAUUUUACAAGUUCGCAGGCAUAGCUUGUUCACUGUUAACAAUAUCGCCCAUAAGACUCACCAUCACAUAUUAAUUGACCCUAUUCACCAUACAGCUUUACAUGUGCAGUUUGUCCGGUGAACAUUGUAACAACAACCCAGGGUUUCCCACCUAAAUCAGCUGACGUGGACCUGAGCGAAAACUAUAUACACAAUAUCCCUGGUGACCAGGGUGAGAACGUCAACACAUAACAAUGGAUGAUGUUGGAUUUCCAACCCCAGCCUGUCUGGUCAGGGAUGACGUGAGCUACAGUUCAACCACAUGUGUGGAAAACACCAGGUUGAGUGAAGUUGUUGUGAGUAAGUAAAUAGUCACCGCCUUUAUAAAUGGAGGUUCCCCUCCUGGCUGUUUGGAAAGAGAAGGCGAGUCCUCCAGGACUGGACCACAGCCCCCUCUGGCCUGGUCUCCAGUGGUUCUCCUGAGAAGCCCUGUAGCAGGUGGCAAUGGUUUCUUUUCUGGGUGGCGGCUAUUGUGGCUGUUAGCUGAGCAAUUGUGGCUAGUAGCCUUAACAUCAUGAACAUAGGACAGGCCUUGUUGGGUCCUGAGAUUUGCCCAGACCUGCAGAAACCAACCCGGUACUGCUAGCCGGUGCUUUUUUCCAAGGAAAAUAGGUGCCGGAACUCACCACGAAGUUGUUACCAUUAGUUGCCGGGCGACUCGGGGCAGCCCUGAACAGAGGCCGGUUUGGCAACAGCCGCAUCCAUCGCCCACGGAGGUGCGACUUCUCUCAAGAUUUGCUGGAAGCAUCAUGAGGACUGUGGGGGCCAGCCUUUUCCUCCUCUUCUUCCUCCUUCAGGUGGUCGCAGAUGCCACAGCGACCUCCCCUUGCGCGCCCAAGCAUGUCGGCCCUGGUGCCAUGGUGUGCGUCUGCAACGCAACUUACUGCGACAUGAUGGGCCCCCUCUCCCUCCCGCCCGAGGGCACCUUCGUCAAGUACCUGAGCAGCAAGGCUGGCAAGCGCCUGGAGCGAAGCCAAGGGAAGCUUUUGGCAAACAGGAAACGCUCAGGGCUCCUGUAUUCCUACAAUCCGUGCGUUCACUACCAGUGUAUUAAAGGUUUCGGUGGCUCCCACACAGACUCAUCCUCAAUUAAUAUCCUGCAGUUGUCUCCACCAGCCCAAGAGCACCUCCUCCGGUCCUACUUCUCCAAAGACGGCAUCGAGUACAACCUUUUGCGCUUGCCCAUUGGCUGUUCGGACUUCUCCACUCGCCCGUACUCUUACGACGACGACUGCCCCGACGACUUUGAGCUGAAAUGUUUCAGCCUAGUGCAGGAGGACACCAAGUUAAAAAUCCCUCUCCUUCAACGCAUCCUGGCCUUAUCUCAGCGACCCCUCUCCCUUAUUGCCAGUCCAUGGUCUAGCCCAAGUUGGAUGAGAGUCAACGGCAGAGUGGAGGGCAAAUCGAGGCUGAAGGGGAAAGCUGGAGACAUGUACCACAAAACGUGGGCCCGCUACUUCGUCAGGUUCCUGGAUGAAUACGCCAGACACAACAUCACCUUCUGGGCGGUGACACCCCAGAACGAGCCCAACAGUGCUGUCCUCUCGCCCAGUGGCGACUUCCCCGUCAACCGCCAGACGGCCGAAGAGGCGCGAGACUUCAUCAUCCUAGACCUGGGCCCUGAACUGGCCAACAGCUCCCACAAAGAUGUCCUGCUCAUCAUGUAUGAUGACCAGAGGUCCGAAAUCCUCGACUGGGCCAAAGUGAUCCUUGGAAACAGCAGUUCCGCUAGGUACAUUGCAGGCAUUGGAAUCCACUGGUACUACGAUCCCACAACCCUCCCGAGCCUGACUUUGGAUCCCACACAUUCCCUCUUCCCCAAUUACUUCCUGCUCUACACGGAAUCUUGUAACGGUUAUCCGCCGAAUAUCGUGAGAGUGGACCUCGGGAGCUGGGACCGGGGCGUCAAGUAUAGCCAGAACAUCUUAGAGAACAUCCGCAACCAUAUUGUGGGUUGGAUCGACUGGAACGUGGCCCUGGAUAUGCGCGGGGGACCCAACUUCGUUGACAACUUUGUGGACAGCCCAAUCAUCGUGAACGCUGCAAAAGACGAGUUCUAUAAGCAACCCAUGUUCUACCACUUAGCUCAUUUCAGCAAGUUCAUCCCGGAAGGCUCCGUCCGAGUCUACCUGGCUUGCAACAGCCUCCUGGGCAAUUGCCAACUACAGACCGAGGGCUUCCUACGCCCAGAUGGUGUGGCAGUGGUGGUUGUGCUUAACAAGUGUAUCUGGAAUGUGCCUUUCAGCAUCUCAGAUGGUCAGCUUGGCUACAUUGAGGAUGUGGCUCCGGCCAACUCCAUCCAGACUUACCUGUGGAAGACGUCCACUACCUGCCUCGGAGGAAAGGGGCAAGGGACAUGCUUUCUCCCUACAAAGUGACCCGGAUGCAUGGAAGCAGCCUCAAUCUUCCCCCUGCCUCACCCUGCAAACCUCAAGAUCGUGGAUAGAGCCUGAUUGUUGUCAGGCUUUCGGGGAAUCAGAUCCCUUCCCCGGUGCCAGUAAAUAAGCAGAUCAAACUAAAGGAGCAUUCUUACCAGUUAGUUCUUUAAUAAUCACAGCGAGAGACAAAGGAAUGCAUAUCUCUCUAGAAAUGGCGGUGCUCCCAGUAAAGGUUUUCCCCUGCUCUGUCCCCAUUAAUCUGCGCCACUCCUACGUCGGGUAACCUGAGCUUGUUGCCGCUGCGCUCUCUGUUCUAUCACUCUUGGAGCCCGUCUAGUCCUAGGCGAAGGGGGGGUCAGGAAUGCUGUCCAAGGACACUGAAUCUGCCAGAUGUCUCCCUCCUGGUGUUUCCUCUUCUAGCUGUUCCUCACCCAGUAUU